AUGCUUUAUAUCUCGCUUAAGUUCGAUCGGUUCCUCGCCGUUCCCGUCGCUGUUUGUCUGGACUGGCGCUCCACCACUAAAGCCAAUUCUCCACUUAAUCUCAACUUGGUACAUGCUACGGCACCAGACGUGGACGUGCUAAGCAAAAUGACAAUUUCAGCCAAUGUGCGUAAGGAGCUAUUCGAGAUGACUAGCUCCGAAGGCAAGCUAAUCCGUAUCAAGCCAACGGAGGCUAAAGCUGGGACGACAGUCUAUUCGUCCAAGCAAAGUCAGCCCCUUAAAUUAUGGACUGAAGAAGAGCAUGAAAAGUUUCUUGAGGCAAUGGAAAAGUAUCCCGCGGGUCCAUGGAAAGUCAUAGCUGCGUUUAUCGGCACCAAGACUACCCGACAGACUAUGACCCAUGCUCAAAAGUAUCGUCAGAAGAUCAGUCGAUGGCGCCGUGGAUUGCGUCAUAAAGGACGCAAACAGGCUGGCGAUGACAGCAUGCAACAUAAUGAAGCCGAAUUGCAGGAUUAUUCGGCCAAGGAAAAUCUCUUUAAAGCCAUCGAGUACGUAUCGGGCGAUGAAAUGGCUGUUCAAUACGGCCGCGUCAAUACGAAUGGAAACUUAUCUGUGAGCCCCACACGUUCACUUACGGGUGUUCCUGGCCAUGAAGCUCCACGGAGCGAGUUGUUUCGCUUGGCUGAGAUCGCGUCUGUCGAGGGUAUGAAGCAAGAGCCUGUUCCUGUUCCAUGUAGUUCGUUCAUGCCAUCGUCUCCUCCUGACGUCGAGAUGGCUGAUAUGUCGGCGAGUCCUGUUGUAAUCAAACAAUGUCCGAAAGAGAUUGUAGCACGUGCAUCCGUCGAGUUUAGUGAAAAGAUUCGCAAGAUGGAAUGGGGAAACAAUAGACGAACCAGCCCUGAGUGGUGUACGCAGAAUGCCGAUGUACGACUCAGCCCAUUGCGGGUGUCCCCAGAUGGAACUCCGUUCCCAAUUCGCAAGUUUGGUGGAGUGCUCAGUGCCAUUACGGAAAUGUCAUAUCAAAAUGCCCAGAAUCGUCUACCUCUACCUCCAUCAUCUGCACUCAUUUUGUCGCCCAUGCGUAUUACAGGUGCUGAAGAACGAAAGAUGGAGCAGCAAGCGCCAUGUGGUAAUAGUGUUUUUCGUCUACCGCCACUUAAUGUCGUGAGCACUCAAUCUUUGAGUGUAUUCUCUAUUCCACCACUUCGUUCAAAAAUUGACCCGAGUGAGAUGGUGGAUAUGUGGAACGAGGGAAAGAUGGACGAGACAAACAGACGGCGGGUGGUCAAGUCAAGCGUGUCGUCUGGUAUUUCGGCAGACGAGAAAAUAAAUGAGAAAAGUAUGAGAAAAAGAAUCAAAGACGAAGACAAGACUACAGCUGGCAGAGCCAACGAGUGGGAUCACCACUCGAAGGUUCCCCGUCGCUGUUACUUGCUUGAUUGUGGUCAUGAUGGAGUUGGAGUGGUGGAUGCAAAGCCUCGAGUCAUGUCAAGUCAUGCAGACUGCAAUUGGCUAUGA